AUGGAUCAAAACUUUCUCAACAUUGGACUGAUAAGCCGUUACCAUGGAGAUAACGCACGUGAGGACGUACCAUCACCAAGUCCAGAAUCCAAAUCUAAAUACCCAGAAUAUUGUAAAACCAUGGUGGUGCAGGAUUCUAACGGUGUGGUAAAGGAGUUAGUGUUCCCUAAAGCCCUUGACCUCGACCGUCCGAAGCGAGCACGGACAACGUUUUCUUCGGAACAGCUGUACCAGCUAGAGAGAGAGUUCCAGCGUAACCAAUACUUAGUAGGAAAAGAGCGCACUGAGUUGUCCAAAAAGCUUCAGCUUUCCGAAACCCAGGUGAAGGUCUGGUUCCAAAACAGAAGGACAAAGUACAAACGGGAUCGAGGCCGUGAGGCAGAAGUGAGUGAUAGUAAAGCAGAAAGCUUGGCUGCAUGUAAUAUAUUGAGGAUCCUGCAAAACCGUGCCCCAACAUAUCCCUCACCACUCUUACCAACCUACGCCUACCCUUACUGA